GCUUAAUCGUCAAAGAAAAGUCAAGGCGCGAUGGUUUUUCUUCUCUAUGAUCUGCUCCGUCUUGAAUCAUUUUGGAGCGAGCAAUCGAGGCAAACUCAGAGAGAGAAAUGGCCGGAAAUAGCGUCGAUCGUAGAUGGUCUCUUCAAGGAAUGACUGCUCUUGUCACCGGUGGUAGCAGUGGAAUCGGGCUUGCAGUAGUGGAGGAAUUGGCAGGACUGGGAGCAACAGUGCACACAUGCUCUUUGAAUGAAUCCAAGCUAAUUGAACGCUUGCGUCAUUGGGAAAGCAAGGGUUUCCGAGUCACUGGUUCUUGCUGUGACUUAACAUCUCGAACCCAAAGAGAAGAGCUAAUGGCCACUGUCUCCUCUCAGUUCAAUGGAAAACUCAACAUUCUUAUAAACAAUGUGGGUACGGGAUUAGGAAAGCCGACUACAGAGUUCACAGCCGAUGAUUUCUCUUUUCUAAUGAGCACCAAUGUCGAAUCUGGUUUUCACUUGUCCCAACUUGCCCAUCCUCUUUUGAAAAAUUCAGGAGCAGGAAGCAUUGUUUUCACCGCCUCUGUUGCUGGUGUCGUGUCACUGAGUGUUGGGUCGAUAUAUGCAUUGACCAAAGGAGCCUUAAUCCAACUUACAAAGAAUUUCGCAUGCGAGUGGGCAAAAGACAAUAUAAGGGUUAAUGCUGUUGCGCCCUGGUUCAUCAAGACGGAGCUUACCAAACUUGACUUUGAAGACAAAAAGUUUUUGGAGGCUGUUAACUCUCGAACUCCUAUGGGGCGCACUGGAGAGCCAAAGGAGGUGUCUUCUCUAGUGGCGUUCCUAUGCAUGCCUGCAGCGUCAUACAUAACUGGACAAACUGUUUGCGUCGAUGGUGGUAUGACAGUGAAUGGCUUCUCAUUUCCGUGAAAGAUCAUUUCACUGGUAUCAAAAAACCUUCAAACCUAUUUCCUUCUCAAGACUUCAUGUUUAAUUCUAGUGACAACUGAACUGGAUAUGCAUUGUGGUAUUUUGCACCUCGUUUAUUAAUGUUGUAACACAACAAAAUUAGGAUAAACUUAUGUACCUUGCAAGCGUUGUUGAAAUCACUUGUCAAUGGUGAUUUCUUCUCUUUCUGAAGACAACUAAGAAUUCCGAACCAGAUAUCCAUGGUGGUAUGUGAUGCUUAAAGCUUCCUUUCCACGCUUUA